AGGAAAGGAAGAUGAUGGAUGGUAAGAAGAGGAAGGUGGAGAAAGAAGAAAUGGGGCGGCCUUCUGAGAGAAAUUGAAUUGGCUUAGGAGUAGCAAGAAUACCCAGUUUACACAAUGCCAGACGAACACAUUCCCCUCUACACCCCAGCAUACUUCCGGACCUGUGCCAUUGGCGGGUUUCUUGCGUGUGCCCCAACCCACUCCUUUGUCCUUCCAUUAGAUUUAGUCAAGUGCAGAUUGCAAGUUGACAAAAACUUGUACACCUCGAACUAUGCUGGUAUCAAGCAGAUCAUCAAGACCGAAGGGUUGCACAAGAUCUACACCGGGUUUGCUCCUACUUUCGUCGGAUACGGUUUGCAGGGUGCGUUUAAGUACGGUGGUUACGAGUACUUCAAGAAGCAGUACUCCGACUUGAUUGGCGGCUCCAACGUCUUUGUCUACUUGGCUGCUUCUGCGUCUGCUGAGUUUAUUGCCGACCUGUUUUUGUGUCCAUUCGAGUCGAUGAAGGUGAAGUACCAGACCACCUUGCCUCCUAAGGCGAUCACGAACUUGACUAAGAACCUCUACUCCGGUUUGGUUCCUUUGUGGUUUAGACAAAUUCCUUACACCAUGGUGAAGUUCACCACUUACGAGAAGAUUGUUGAAAUGAUCUACGCACGCUUGUCCAAGCCUAAGGAAGAAUACUCCAAGGUGCAGCAGACUGGUGUCUCUUUCCUUGGUGGUUACAUUGCGGGUAUCUUCUGUGCCACUGCCUCGCACCCAGCUGACGUUUUGGUUUCUAAGAUCAACAACGACACGAGACCGGGCGAGUCCAUUGGCCAGGCUGUCUCAAGAAUCUACAAGCAGAUCGGUUUCGUUGGAUUGUGGAACGGGUUGCCAGUGAGAAUCCUCAUGAUCGGUACCUUGACCGGUUGCCAAUGGUUGAUUUACGAUUCCUUCAAAGUUUAUGUUGGUUUGCCAACCUCAGGUUAGACAAGCAUAGCACUUCCUUUCCGUUCCGUUUCACAGAGCUCCAUUCAUAGUUAGAUUGCUUAUUCCUUUCCACAUUUUUUUACCCCCCCCCCCCUCCCCUCAUCACUAUCCAUAUUCUUACCAGCCUGCAGGAACAUCGACGUAUACAUAAGCAUGCAUGUGUAUAUUCGACAGUAUUUAUUUAUUUCGCAAUUAGUC